AUGUACCAGAUUUACAGCUGCAGUGAUGAAAAUUUAGAAGUCUUCAGUGUGGUUUCUUCCAAAUGUAGUUUUGGUGCUAAAUCCCCAACAUUACUAGCACAUAAAAAAUCAUGGAAAAAUACUGGGGAUGAAUUCAACCCAAUUCAAGGAACAGAAUCCUUUUUGCCCUUCACUGGUAGCAGCUUCCAUCGCAUAGCCAGCCUGCUGUGGAAAAUAUGGAUGACCAGAAAGAAAUUGGAAUGUUUGGGAGCAACCAACAGUGCCUUUGAAGCAGACUGACAAACCUCAAUCAUGCUUCUGUGGGAUGCAGGUUCUUUGACAAAGACAGAAGACAGAAUAAUUAGAGUCGUCUGAUAAGAGAUGCAGCAUGGACAUCUGCCCAACAGGAAAUAAAUUUUGCCGAGCUGGCCAAGAAAAAAAUGGCAAAACUAUGCAAACAAUGUUGUUUGUGUAUUUUGCACAUCUGAAAUCUGCUGCACUUGUUAACUGAUUAAAUCAUGAAGCAACACAGUACCUCUCACUUUAUCCUGAUGGAUUUACAUAUGCAAAGCGAAAGCUUAGAGCAAUAAUCCCAACUCUACGCCAUUCAACAAUAAUACUGUAUUGUCAAUUCAAGUGCAUCCUGCUUUUCAUUAUACAAACUUGCUAACUUGUUGGGUGAAGAGUUCUUCAGAGUUACACCAGACUUGGGAAAGCUUUCUCAGACAAACAUUUAGUUCACUGGUGGGGCACAAUCCUGGUCUAUUUUAAAAUAAUAAACUUCUUCUCCGACCUGGUGCCUUCCAGACUACAAGUCCCAUAAUCAGCCCACCAUUUGUCAGGGAUGCCUGGAAAUGAUUGGAACUGUACUCUAGCAUAUCUGGGAGGCCACAAAGCUGAAAAAGCUGCUAAUACAUUAUUAUUACUCUUCUCAGAUCUGUGCAUGUUCUAAAGUCUGCAGCAAUCCUCAAAGCUCUUUUUUUCUAUUCAUUUUCCAAGGAACACUUAGGUUUUCUAGAAUGUGUUCUGAAAAUGGCUGCUUUAACCAGCACUCUCUUGUUUUUCGGUAAUAAUAGGUACAGCUAUGUAUAUAUAAUCAUACAUCAAACCAAAUACGGUGCUGUCUCUCCAUAUAUGUAAAAACUCUCCAGUGCCAGAAAUUUUACUUCAGUCUGUAAAUCAGUGGCUAAUUAAGCAGCAAACCACUGCAUGAACAGAGACCUCUCUUUAGAUUUGGUUAUAUUGUGUAAUAGUUUUUAAUAGGAUUGAGAUAAAGUAGUGCACACAAUUAUGUAUUUUGAUGUUUGCUGUACUUAAAUUUUAUUCUAAUUUAUUUAAUUUAUAUCUGACAGAUUUACAAAAAGUUGAUAACUGAAUUCACAUUCCCU